AUCUCAGUCACUGGAGUCAAUCCUGCAAAAAAGUACAGAAGCUUAAAGCAGUAGGUCUAAAUCCUAGUCCUGGAAUAACUCAUCAUUGUACACCACUUAAAAAUCCAAGAUAAUGCAACUUAUUUCAGAUACAAUAAUCUUGAAAACUCCAAAUGGCCAAUUAUCUCAAUAUCUAAAGGGCACAGCUAAAAGAUCCAAAUUGUAACUGUUAUGUCAGGUCUAACUUAAAGACCUGACCUAAAGAAUCAGAAUUCAGAGGGUUUAUUGUCCACUUUAAUCGACUAUGGUCUUGUUCGCGUUUUUAAGUUACAAAAAACAAGAAGUUUACAAAGUAUGAAUAAUGUCAAAUUUUUGUGUCAAAUUAUAUGGAGGUACCACUCAAUUUUCAUGAUGAUCAGCUAAUGUUAACCCUGUCAGAUGCCUUCAGAAAGCUGAUGGUCUGUUGAUGGCCUUGCUUUUCUACUAAUCAAAUCACCCAUACCCACCCAAUUAAAUACUAGCAUAUAGCUGUUGCUUAAAAAAAUUCAGUUCUUUCAACAACAGUUCACAGAAAAACAAAAAAAAUUCCGCUAGAUUUUGGAGCAUGGCCCAUUCAAUUACAAGCAUAUUAGUGAAAUCAGAUGGGCAAUGAUUUUGUGCAAGGAGGCCUUGGGUGCAUUCUGCAUUACAGUUCAUCCCAAAGGUGUUCAGUUGGGUGGAGGUCAGGACUUUGUGGAGACCACUUGAGUUCUUCCACUCCAACCUUGGCAAACCAUGUCUUCAUGGAGCUCGGUUUGUGCACAGAGGAACUGUCAUGCUGGAACAUUUUUGGCCCCAUAGUUCCAGUGAAGGGAAAUUGUAAUGCUACAGUAUACAAAGACAUUAUGUGCAAUAGUUUGCGUCCAACUUUGUGGCAACAGUUUGAGGAAGAAUCACAUAUGGGUGUGAUGGUCAGGUGUCCACAAACUUUUGGCUGAAGCAGCUGUUUGUUUGUUUUUUAGUUUUGCAUAUUAUGCAAAUUAGCUCAAAAUCUAAUUUUCUGUUGUUGUUGUUUUUGAGUAAAUUGACUUUUGUGUCUACAGCUCAGGUUUGUUAGACAAAACGCAAAACGCCGUGCUUUAGUGCCACCAUCGGCCUGGUCAUGCCCAACAUUCUUGCCUGAAUAGUGGGAGGGAGCACUACCUAUUGACCAUAUCUCUAUAACUUUGUUUUGUUGGUAGAAAUUUGUUUUAUUAAAGAAAUAGAUUGGGGGGGGUGGCUAUAUAGCUUAGUGCUUGAACUCCUAACUAUAAAAAUAAGUAAAUAAAAUUAGAAUCAACAAGUUAAUUAAGCAUUAAAAGAUGUAAUAUUCCUUGCAUAUAAUUAAAGCCUGACCUUUAGCAAAUUAUCAUUAUAUUUUAUUUAUAUACAUUCAUGUAAUUAUCUAAUCAGCGCAUAAAUAAAGCAAUAUCUAUAACACUACCAAAAUAAAUUUGAGUGCAGACUACCGGACAUUCACUUCCCAGGGUUGCACGGUUAUUUAUGAUCAAAUGUAACAUAUCUAACGUAGCUAUAACGUAACGUAAAUAUGUGAAAACAUCAAUAACGAAACAGAUCAAAUUAUUUUAAAAUUUCCCCUUUUUUUAACAUUGUAUAAAGAUACUCUAAUAACUUUAAGCCCACCAUUCGCCUCCAGCCUCGUACCCUCUGAGCAGAUUUUGGAUCUUCUCAAGACAAUACCCGAGUGUUUAUGUAAUAUAUGGUGUAUAUAUAAUACUCUGUACGCAUGUACAGUUCGUGCUGGAUACACAGCAUGCUCUCAUCUAUUUCAGAAAAAGGCAGUAUAAAAGCCAGUAACUGACACUUUACCAGCCAAUGGUGGUGGUAGCGGAUGAACACAACAGCCAAUAGAAGAAUGGCCCGACAAGAGGGCGGGGCUUAGAUUUACCUGAGAUGCACAAAACUGGGCGCUGACGAGCUGCUGAUAUUAAAAUCAUAUCACUGAGCAAACACAGGUGUUGUGGUCGCUUGGCAGAACAGCUGUUUUGUACUGAGUGAACUGAAGAAGUGAAAGGGGACAAUCUUCGCUUUUCCUCACAGAGCACAUAGCUUGAGAUGGCUGCUGAAUGCCCCCUGAGAUCUGAGGUGAUGGAGCUUCACAGGAGCGUCAAUCAGGUUACAGAUGAGUCACUCGAGAUCACCAGAAACAUGAAGCUUCUGUUAGAGGAGAGCAAAGAUGCAGGAAUCAGGACAUUGGUCAUGCUAGAUGAACAAGGAGAGCAACUGGAGCGGAUUGAAGAGGGGCUGGACCAGAUCAAUCAGGAUAUGAGAGAAGCUGAGAAAAAUCUCACAGACCUUGGCAAAUGUUGUGGUCUGUGCUCAUGUGAUAAGCUGAAGAACCUUGAAGCAAGUGAAGCCUAUAAGAAGGUGUGGGGUAAUAAUCAGGAUGGUGUGGUAUCCAGUCAACCUUCAUCACGCAUUGUGGAUGAGCGAGAGAAAAUGACAAUGAGUGGUGGAUACAUCAGAAGAGUGAUAAAUGACGCACGGGAGGAUGAAAUGGAGGAAAACCUGGCUCAUGUGGGCAGUAUCCUCGGCAAUUUGAGAAGCAUGGCACUUGACAUGGGCAACGAAAUCGAUACUCAGAACGUGCACAUUGAACGCAUACAGUCUAAGGCUAUUGCCAAUGUUUCUCGCAUCAGUGAAGCCAAUCAGAGGGCUAACAAACUAAUAGCAAGGUAAACACAGAAGAGCAAUGAUCAUCUGUUUAGAUUAUUUCUGUCAUAUCACAGCUUUACAAGUAGAUGAAGCUUUUCUCAUGAAAAAGUGGAUGAAGCAGGGUUUUUUUUUAGUUUCUUCAUGUUCAUAACUGUCUAAAAGACCAAGUUGCUAUUUCAAAUACCAUUGUUGUGUUUCAUUGUAUCACUUAUUCAGUGGAUUUUUUAAAUAGUAGAGCAACAUGCCUACAGCUAUCAGUGUCUUUAUUGAAAGGUACCAGUUCACUUUUGUCAGUGCUUUUCUGUGACUCUUUGAUAAAAAUGACAGUGUAGUGUGCUUCUAUAAAAUGGUUUCUGAGGAAAUUUUCAUUUCAAGAAAAGGUGGGAAAGGGCUAAAACUGAAAAGCUGAAUAUUGUGUGGUUUUUAGGUUACAUUUUUGACAGCAUUUUUUUGCAUAAUAAAUAUUCCAAUUAACAGUGAAUUGACUGAUAAAAUGAUGUGCAAGGACUAGAUUUAAACAUGAACUCAAAGAAAAUGUGAACAGCCAUAAUAGCCAGACUAACAAUUAGUCAUCAUAAAGAUAGGAAACUGCAAUACCUAGUUUGUGAAAUGCACAUUUUUCUUAAGAUUUUUUAGUGAGAGUGUUCAUUGCCCAGUCCCUCCAGGAUUUUGCAAUUGCAGAAAUUAACACAAAAUCAAGCAAACUCAGCAAUAUUCAGAGCAGCUUGCAAUUUUUAAAAAUUACCACAGAUUUGGGCCAAGACAAAUCAUGUGACGUCAUCACAACAUGCAUUCAGCUUCUUUGAUUCACGAGCGUCGAACAUGAGUACAGUUAAAAGGUCUUAUUGAGCAACAAACAUCACUGCGAAAGACUGUGCAGAACAAUUUCUUGCAAUUUCGCCAAUUCAAGUAGUUUUCCGCAAAAAAGGACAAAUAAUUUUACAAAAAAAACUCCUGUACGGACUGAUGGUCAUUUAUAACGACGAUGGUGAUGAUGAUCUUGCUCAAUGUACUGCAAUGCUUCUGUGACACUCAGUCUAUACCAGUGGACUGAAUAGCUGUUUAGACCUUCUUAAUAUUCCUGUUCUGCUCACUGAUUAUAAAUGGAUGUCCCGCUGAUUGAUGUAAUCCCUUCUGAUUUUGUAACAACAAUGAAAACCUUUAUUGAUAUGACUGAAACAAAUGAAUGAAGUACUGUUUUAUUGUACUACCUCAAAAUGGCUUUUGGGGAAAUUACCAUUUAAAAAAAAAAAGUGUGUGCAAAAAAAACUUUUGUCUAUACUUGUUUCCUGUUAGAUUUUUAAGAAAAAUGUGUUUCAGUGUAAUAAAUGUUAAUAUCACGGUGACCUUGUUGCCUUUUCC